AUCUAGAUCGUAGAUAACAUUUUUAUGCUUUGUUAUACUUUGUAUGUCACAGACAGUUUCACUCAACUCACUGACUUUCAUGAGUUUCAGUUUGUGGACUUUGUCUUUGUAUUAAAACAAAAAAAAUAAUUAAUAGUUCAUAAUUUUGUAAAGUAAAAGAAACGAGCAACUGUAGCACUAGUAACAGUGUAACUUCAGUAAGAGUAGAAGAGACAAGACCAAGAGUCAAAAAGUACAAGGGCUUCAUACAUAAGUUAAGUUAUAGUUAUACUGUUAUACUUAUAGUUAUAGUAACUUAUACAUACUUAGAUACUACAAUCUACAUAGAAUAAUUAUAAAGAAAACCCUGAUCUAUAGAAUAGAUCCAUUAUAAAAUUCACAUUGUGAGUUGUUAUAACAUACUAACUACUAGUACUAGCAUAGCCAUAGCCUGCCAUAGGCAACAUCUUAUUAAAAUUUUAGCCCACAAUUUUAUUCAUAUUGGAAUCUAAUUAGAGUUAGAGUAUUAGAGUAAGCUCUUAUAUAAGGGAACCCCAUCAAAUUCUCCUAUAGUUAAUGCAUCACUUUUUAAAUUUGUAAUUUAUUUGUUUUUUAUGUUUGGAGCUAAAAAUGACAUUUCAGGACUGCGCAUGUCCAAUUUUAGAUAAGUUCCGGCAUUUUUGUUCCGAUAUUCCAAAGCAGAUGGCAGUUUUUUAAGAUUCUCUGUAACCAUGUAUGUAAAGCUAUUUUUUAACCUCCCCCGGCAAUUCACACCCAUAUAAAGGAUGUGGGCUAUAUUAUGAGCCUGUUUGAUCGUAGGCUGAUGGGCAUAUCAAAAUAAGCUUCCAAACAUCUUUAGAAAGACACUCCAAUCACAUUUAUACUGUUAGCUGUUAAAUAAAAUUAAAAAAGGAGGUGUCCCAACGAAUAAUAAUGAAUUUAACACUUUCUCCUUUAGUGGACAAGGCAAAAUCAUAAUAAGAAAUAUUAUUGGGAUUAAUAAAUCUAUGAAUUUUUCAAUGAAUAAACAUGUCCUAGAUCGGGAUAUCUAAAAUAUAUAAUUUAUGAAUGAAAUUAAAAGUGCGGGCUGCUAAUUUGAAGCCAGAGACCAUGCCCACUGCAGGUGAUCACGCCAGGUGAGCUGGAGGUGAGGAGAGGUAUACACUAAGUGUGUACUGUCACAACCUAUCAAACAGGCAGUGGAGGGAGGGGGGAGAGAGAGACAUGAAAAGAAUUAUAAGCAUCUAUGGUAGGGAGGGGGUGUUAAGGUGUAACAAAACGAUUAUCCAAUUUAUGAAAACAAGAAGAGGGUCCUUGGAUGGGAAUUAAAAGAAAAAGAGAGAGAAUACAUGUAGCCUAGUUGAAAAUAUCAUGUUUAUUUAAUUAUUAUAAUUAAUUUAUAUACUAUAUAAAUAUAUAUAGUUUUAUUUCUGUCUGUUUAUACACAUAGGUAGUCCUUAAGGGACUGCAGGCACGACAUGGCCUAAAUUGUGCCAAUGUGCCUAAAAUCAAAUCAAAUCUAUACACAUAGAUUAUAUAGGUAUUUAAAUAAAUAAACGAUAUAUAUAUAUAUAGAGAGAGGCAAUAUGAGGCAAUAGACUAUUCUUCUUCUUCUAGCCAGCUUUAUUGCUGCUGAGCUGUGAGCUCUUUUGCAGACUGUGCCAAGGAAAAAAAGUGUGCUGUUUUCUUCAGUUGUUAAGCUCUGCCGUACAGGGUGUUGGUUAUGUUGGGCUGUAGUGGAAGUAGGGUCUGCCUAAGGUGGAUUAGGGUUUCAAAGGGGUGGGCGCAAUGUCUGCAAAGGGGUAGUUGUGUGGAGUUUAUUUUGUUCAGGUGGUAAUUUAAUAGUGGUGUGUGUCCUGUUCUUAGUUGGAAGAUUGUAGAUUGUUCUUUGCGGGGGAGGAAGUUAAUACUGUCCAGUUUGUUAGGCGUAGUCAUUUCUCUGUACAUGGCUCUGCCUAUGUUUCCUGAUGCCCAUUGGUUGAGCCACUCCUCUUUGUGAUUGUUGACUAACAUUGACCUUAGGGUGAGGUAGUUAACAGGUCUAUCUGGUUGUUCCAUAGAUGAACCUGCCUUUGAUAACUUAUCUGCCUUUUCAUUUCCCAUGAUGCCAAUGUGUCCAGGGAUCCACUGUAGUGUAAUAUUGAUAUUUAAUUUUGAUAUCAUCUGGUGGAUUAUCACAAUGAGUGUUGUCAACUCUCUUGGGCUGUUUGAGGUGCUGCUGUUAAGUGCUUGCAGAGUGGAUUGGGAGUCUGUAAAGACAACAAUAUCUGAUGGUGGUUGCACUCCUUCAUAUAAUUUGUUUUCCACUGUCUGAAGUGCUAUGGUAAUUGCCUCAAUUUCGGCUUGGAAGUUUGAGCAGUAAUCACCACAGGGUGCGCUUAUCUCAAAGUGUUUAUUUUUAGGGAAGACCAGGAAGGCACCAAGACCAGCAUUGAUGGUAGCUUUGAAAGCCGAUCCGUCUGUAUAAAUAUGGAUAGCUGUUUUUUGAUAGCUUUCGAUUGUUUCAAGCGUGCAUACUUUGAGCUCCAGUGGAUUUGAUUCUUUUGUUAAGGUGUUAGCAAUACACUAUAAAAACAUUUUGCAGAAGUGAAUCUACUUUUUGUAAUACAAUCUAAAUAAUUUUUUAUUAUCACAGAGAUAUAAUUUAUUAGCAAUUACAUAGUGGUGUUCAUUGACAGUGCUCAAUGUGCAAUAGGAGCAUGAAGUGACCCAUUUUAUUUUAAAAUAAAAUCUUGACUAUGAGUAGUAAUACAAAGGAACACAGCUAUUUUUAUUGUCCAUUAGUUGAAGAAUAAGAAUCUGCUUUCAAUUUUUUUGUAAGUUAAACCUUCACCAAAUAACAAAAUAAAAUUCCCAAAAGUCGGUGUUCAGAUAUAAGAAUCUACUGUAUAAAAAAUGUAAACUUGUGUGUCGUGUGUAAUUAUUUCAAGUUAUUUUUUAAAAAUUUUUUAUAAUAGUUAAAAAACAAUCAAUCUGUUAUUGACAGCAUGAAAAUUAAUAAAUAAAUGACAUUUUAUGAAAUUUUUUUUUCUUUUUUUUUUGUAUUUUUCUUAGAGGAGUGUGCAGGCAGAUGUUUUCAAAUAAUUUAAAGGAAAAAAUACAAAAAGGGGGUGUAGGCCAAAAAAAGGUUGAAGACCACUUCUCUAGACUUAGACUUAGAUAGUCUCUACUUAUCGAGAUUCUAGAACCUUUGACACUUAGUCUAGUUCUAGAUCUUAAGUCUACAUAUCUCUAGAUUCAACUAGCCUUUAAAAUAUAUAUAGAUAUUUGGUGAUAAUCUAGUCCAAACCACCUGUGCUGAAUGGAAGUGGGCAGGCUGCAACAAAGCAGCUUCUAGAUCAGUAAGAUCUAGAUUCUAAAAGUCUAGAUCUUACUUUUAUAAUAUAUAUAUAUCUUGACUAGAUAUUAAAUAAAAGUCAUACUUUAAAAAAAAAAAUUAAUUAAUUAAAUAAAAAAUAUUCUAAUUCAGGAAUAUUCAACUUCUAGAUCUAUAUUUCAAUUGACUCUUGACAGUCUGACACGCUCAUUAAUUUGAUGUGGCGAUGACGUAUGCAUCAGCUGCACAUACCUGUGUCACAACACACAUUUCUGGCUUUUUUUUUUUUCACAUCUUUCUCUCUGUGUUAAAUGGUGUCUCAAGUGUCUCUCUGUGAUAAUAUGAUAGUUUACCUUCCUUGUGUUUUAGUGUCUUGUAAGAGUCUUAAAAUUGGCAAACUUAAACAUAAUAUAUAUUAUAUUUUCUUGAAAAUUGGGAAAUUAUUAAGAGGCAAUGAUGUUGUUAUAGUAAAGAAUGGACAUCGAAUAUGUGGCACAGGUGCUGCCCUUGCCAAUGCUCCAAUAGCACAGAAUAAAGCUUAUUAUGAGAUUAAAAUUCAGUGCACAGGUAAAUGGGGAGUUGGAUUGGCUACUAGAAGGUGUAACCUUAAUAAGUUACCACUAGGCUGCGACACAGACAGUUGGGUAGUCAGGCAAGAUGGUUGUAUGUUUCACAACAGUGAAGAGAAAGGAAAGCUCCCAGAUAUACCACAAGAAGGAGAUAUUCUGGGCUUAACAUAUGAUCACAUAGAGUUGAAUUUUUUCUUAAAUGGUAGUCCCAUGAGUUCACCUUUCAAUGGAAUCAAAGGAACUGUUUAUCCUGUUUUCUAUGUUGAUGAAGGUGCUGUCCUGGAUGUUCAGUUUGACAAAUUUUAUCACUCUCCGCCUGAUGGCUUUGAUCCCAUCAUGAUAGAGCAGUCCUUGUUGUGAUGUGUCAGUUCUGCUGGGGGUAUAUUUUUGUUUUGUUUCCAAGUCAACUUCAUUUUAGAAGUUGUAUUUGUGUUAGUCAUUGGACAGUUUAUACUCUUCUUACACUAGCUCCUGUGUGGAGACAUUGUUAAGGACUAAAGAAAAAGUGAUGGAUAUAUAUAUAUAAGCAUCAAUUUAAACUUAACUAUUGCUUUCUAGUGAACUGUUUUCCUAACCCUUGCUUCUUGAGACAUUUAGAAAAACAUUCCCUUCUAAUGGAAUGUUUUGCUUUUUUAAACAUUGUUUCCCUUUUAGUUUUGAUACAAAGUGUGACUACUUUACAAAGUGUGACCACUUUGGGAAAUACUUCUCUUAUAUUAAAAAAAAAAAGAUAAUUGUAUAAGCAGAAGGGGAAAAAAGAAUCAUUGACAGUCUUUCUUGUUUUCCUGUCCAAGUUAAUAAUAGAACUGUACAUAUGAUUCUACCUACUUCAGUGUAAAUAUUUUUUUGUUUAGAAUGUUGUAUGUAAAGUGACAUGAUAACUGUUGUUAACAGUGAAAUGUACCAGCUGCUAUGUAAAGUGACAUGAUGACUGUUGUUAACAGUGAAAUGUACCAGAUGCUAUGUAAAGAGACAUGACUGUUGUUAACAGUGAAAUGCACCAAGGUGCUAUGUAAUGUGCUGAUGACUGUUGUUGACAGUGAAAUGUACCAGCUGCUAUAUAAUAUAUAGAGCUAAUGACUUGAUGUUGAAAAGUACCAGUUACUAUGUAAUAUGUAUAUAGUGAGCUGAUAACUGUUGUUGAUGUUGAAAAAUACCAGUUUCUGUGUCGUGUAAAGUGUGCUGGUGACCUAUCUGUGAGGGAAAAUACCAGCUGCUAUGUAAUGUUUAGUGUGGUGAUGACUGUAGCUGGUGGUGAAAUGUACCAGCUACUGGGUAAUAAAAGAGCUUUUGCUAUGUAAUUACAGUAAUGUAGUUAGUCAUUUUGAAUAUAUUGUUGUGAUAGUUUUGUGCAAUUAAUCACUUUGUUGUUAAUUCUUUUUGUUUGUUUUGUUAUCUCUCUGACACUAGUUAAAGGGGGAAAAUGGUGGGGUUGUAUUUAUGCAAAAAUUUUUGUAAGUGGGAGGUUUGAAUUGUUAAGGGAAUAUUUUUUCAGGAUCAAAGCAUUUACCAUAAUUUUUGAAGAAAAUGGCAUGAGUUGCUAAAAACACUUAAUUCAAACAUACUAUUCUUAAGUAAGCAGUAAUCCUAACUUGAGCAGUAUGGUGGCUAUGUUAUUGAAUGCUUUUUUGUCAUGUAAUUCCAAAUUAAAGUGCCAUUAAUAUAGUUUUUUGUUUUUACUCAAGAUGUUUGUCGUCUCAUAUUCUGUCCAGCUCUAAGGAUACUUGAGACAUUCUGGGAGGUAAUGUAAAAAUUGAACAAAGUUCUAGUCUUGUCAUAGCCCUUUUUUAAAGUAGUGAUGAAAAAAAAAAUGAGUUAAAUCUACAGUAUUAAACUUAACUGUGAACUUUUAGACCUUGCAGUGUCAUUUUAAACACUUCACUAUUCACACUCAAAGAAAGAACAUUUGUUUGCUACUCUUUAUAAAUCUUUAUAAACUACACAUCUACUUGAAGAUUGUUUGAAGGUGUUCAAAUAUUUCUACAUGUGCUCAGAAAAAUGAAUGUUAUAAUUUAGUAACUAUUAUUGUAGGCUCCAGGGAAACAAUUUAAUAACUAUUUUUUAUAGACUCCAGAGGGAAAAAGAUAAAAUAGAAUAGAUUUAAUGUUAGUUGUUUUUUCGAAUAUGUAGUAACCUCAAAGAUAAAUUAAUUUGUAUAAUUUAUUGUUUAAAAUAUGCAUGCUUGUACUAAAAUUUAUAUGGUAGUGGAUGUAAUGAUAAUAUUUACUUUUGAAAAAAAUCUUAAUUUGUAAGCUUUUAUUAAUUUUAUUUUGUUUUAAUUUUUAAAAUUGUAAACAUUUUUUUUUGCCAUAAGCAUGUUAUUGGGAAUCUGUUUUUGUGAGUCUCCUUUUGUAUCAUCAUCUGUCUAUUUACUUCUACAUUCUUCAAACCGAAUGCAAUAUUGUCAUUGAAUGUGUAGGGCUCAUUAAUUAAUUUUCAAAGCGCUCUAGCAGUGACUAUGUGUCUGUGUAUUGUCUUGUUCAUCUGAUGUUAAGGCCUAUAUCUAGUAACACAAUUAAUUUACAUGACAUCUGACCAAGGAUUCAAUACAAAUGCAUAGUUUCUCUAAGUUUGUUUAAUAUUUUCACACACACAUUAUAAGAAUUAGUAUAGUUUGCCUAUAUAAAUGUACAUACAUCCAUAUAUAGUGUUAGAUCUGAUAUAUUUAGAUACAGAUGUCUUAACUUAUUUGCUGGUAUUGAAUUUCAUGUACUUUAAUGCACCAUCUAUAAUGUCUUAAGCUUACUGAGUUAAUGACAUGCUGUAUCUCUAGUAUUCCAGCAUCUAGCAGUAAUGUUUUCUAAGAAAUACUGAAAAGUAAAAAGUAUUUGUUAUCCUUUAAAAUAUCUUAAACCAUUGGAUUGUUUUUAUUACAUAUUUUAAAACAUUUUAGUUUAGCCAUCAGCUAUAACUGAGUACCACUUGAUGAAAGAUUAUUUUAAUGGAUUUUUUUUGUCUUGUUUUACAAUGCUGUGAAUUCCUAAUUUAUUAUUUUUGUCAUUUAUUGCAAUAAAAUGAAAAAUCAGAA